AAGAUUGUAACGGGAAUAACGAACAACUAAAAAACAUGUCUCAAUCUCUUUCUCACAGAUGUUAUCUUCAAACACUCCCGCCAAUAUCUCACAACGCAACCUUCAACUCCCGCCACAAACCGCCACCGCCGCGAAAUCCUACCGGCGACAAACGGAGUCGAAAAUUCUACGUAGCUUGUGGCCGUGGAAACAACAGAGCUUCGACGACAAACAAAGACGAUUACCAUGCCACUCUCAAAGCUCUUAACUCCAAAGGCAGAUCCCCCAAAAAAUCUCUUGGUCAGAAUUAUAUGUUGAACUCUGACAUAAAUGAGCAACUUGUUGGUGUGGCUGGUGUUGAGGAAGGUGAUGUGGUGCUGGAAAUUGGGCCAGGAACUGGUUCCUUGACCAAUACGCUUAUUAAUUCUGGCGCAUUUGUUCUCGCAGUUGAGAAGGAUAAACAUAUGGCCGCCCUCGUGAGCGAAAGAUUUUCAAGUACAGGAAAGUUGAAGGUUUUGAAUGAGGAUAUUGUGAAAUGUCAUGUGCGCUCCCAUAUAUCAUCAUUGGUUGGAAGCACAGAGGAUAUAGAUUCAGAUACUAGAAAAGCAAAAGUGGUUGCUAACAUUCCUUUCUAUAUCAGUACAGAUGUAAUCAAACUACUACUCCCAAUGGGUGACAUUUUCUCAGAAGUGGUUCUCUUACUCCAGGAGGAGACUGCCCUGCGCUGGGUAGAACCAUCGCUCCGGACCCCUGAGUAUCGUCCUAUCAAUAUAUUUGUUAAUUUCUACUCAGAUCCCGAGUACAAAUUUAAGGUUGCAAGAACAAAUUUUUUCCCUCAGCCUAAUGUUGAUGCAGCCGUUGUCUCAUUCAAACUGAAGCAACCAUCAGAAUAUCCCCAAGUUUCGUCGAAUAAAAGCUUCUUUUCAAUGGUUAAUUCAGCAUUCAAUGAGAAGCGUAAGAUGAUACGAAAGUCACUUCAACACAUAUGCACAUCCCUUGAGAUAGAAGAAGCCUUAGAAAGCAUAGGUCUUCUAAGUACUUCAAGGCCUGAAGAACUAACAUUGGAUGAUUUUGUAAAACUGCACAACUCAAUUACCAAAGAGUAGCUGUUUGCUUUUCUGUGAUAUUGAAGACCAAACUUUAGCAGAAGAAGGUCCCAAAGAUUCCCACAUUCACAAGGCUUUUUGUUGCAGCAGAUACAUGAUUCAAACAAAGAACCAAAGUAUUGAGAGUCAUGACGAAUAUACUCAAAGCCCAACAGUUAUCUUCAACUAAUGUUUCAAGAUUAGGGGCAUGAUGUUCGUAAAUGAUAGAAAGAUAUUAGGUUCAUACCAAGCACUGCAUCCAUUUGUCUUAUGUAUAAUCCUGUAAAUUUCACUGCCAUCAAAGGCACUUGUAGCCAAGGUUUAUGAAACAAUCCGCAAUCAUGACUGUGACUGUUGCGACGAUAAGUUUUUUUUGUCUCUGCGACCAUAUUUGCAAUCUCAUCAAUCAUAUUUGACUGCAA